GUAAUAUUCAAAAGGGCAUUAAUGAUAAUUCGUGAAUAUCCAUUGUAGAAUUUCUUGAAGAAGGCAAAUGUGAAUCAAGUGAGUGAUGGUCAGUUUGUAAUAGUUAAUGAUGAGACAUUUGGAAGAUGGAUUUUUUGGGUGCAUUGUUGUUUGAAAUUCAUCAAAUGGAUUGUGUUAGGAUGGUGAUGGCAGUCGAUUAUUAAAUUUAAAUAUAUUUUACGAGAAAAUGACAUUUCAAAUAGAAACACUUAUCACCUAACCUGACAAAAGAGACCCAUAAAUUGGGAAAAAAUCUCAAAAUACUCUAAUUAUUAAAAAAAAUUCCCAAAAUACAGUACUUAUAAAAAUAUUUCCCAAAAUACAGCAGUUUGGUUAUCACUGCUGCAAACCAAGACAGUGAUAGCAAUCACCGUUUUUGACCAAAACGGUGAUAGCAUCACUGUUUUGGUCCAAAGCGAUGAUGCUAUCACCGUUUUUGUCCAAAACGGUGAUAGCAUCAUCGCUGUGGACAACAACAGUGAUGAUAUCAUCGCUGUGGUUAAUGACGGUGAUUAAUUUCACCGUUGAUUUGUGACGCGAUGAAUGGAUCUUCACCGUUGAAAUAAAAAGCGGUGAAGUGGGGCGGAUCGCUGACGUGGACGCGCGCGGGCACUUCACCGCUGAUGACUAAAGCGGUGAUAGCCCCGCUUUCCACGUCAGCGAUCCGCGCCACCCGCGCCUUCACCGCUGCCGUUAGAUGCAGUGAGGCACGGAUUGUGGUUUUUCUCCACGAUCCGACGCCUCACGCCGCGCCACGUCAGCUAUCCACGCCUUCACCGCGUUCCUUUAAGGCGGUGAUUUCACUGCCUUCAUCAGAGGCGGUGAUUGGUCCCUGGUAAAAUUUCCAGCGCCCCUUUUCCCUAUAAAUACCACUCCCCCCCCCCCCCUCCCCCUCAUUCCAAACCACACCAAAAUCUUAUACUUCUUUCUCCCUCCUUUACUUUCCUCUAGUUUCGUUCUAAGUAUGCUCUGUGGUUGCGGCUAAGUCCGAUCUUCCGCAUCAGAAAGAAUUACUAGAGUUUUUGUUUUGUCGAUACUCUCGCUAGUUUUUCGAAAAAAAAUGGACGAAGAGGCUUUGAGAGUACGUAAAUUAAUUUUAUUCUUUUGUGAUUUUUUUUACAUGGGUGCUAAAAUUUAAAUUGAUUUGAUUUUAUAUUUUUUUAUAGAUGGGUGCUGAGAUAUACGACCCUCGAUUGUAUAUCGAUCCUGGCCCAAGGGAUCGAAGGUAUUUAACCGGGCAAGAUCAACAUCGCUCCCUUUCAAUUUGGAACAAUAAUCCGGUAGACACACUAAAUUUAUUUCAAUAGUUUUAAAGUUUUUAUUUUGCUUUCUAUUGACUGAUAAUAUUGUGUUUUUUAUUUUGUAGGAAUCACUUAUUCCCAUCGCUCAUCGAGGGACAUGUCGAUUGCCCCGUUGGCAUGAUCGACUGCAGCCCUAUAUAGAGAGGACGGGAUUGCACAUGCUGAGGCACUUUACGAGGCUUGAUAUUGACAACGAUCUGCUGACGGCAAUGGCAGAGCGAUGGCGCCCCGAGCUGCAUACCUUCCACUUUCCCGAGGGUGAAAUGACGAUCACCCUCAAAGAUGUUGCCAUCCUCACCGGGCUCCCGAUCACCGGAGAUGCCAUCAUCGACAGCUCGAAAAAACCGAAAGAUGGUUGGGGGCCGUUGAUUCUAGAGCGUUUGGGGUUCAACAUGCCGACCACCACGCCCGUCGACGGGGUUGGGCAUCCACCACUGAAUGCGGGGCAAGUAUCGGUCCCGUGGCUUGUUGACCACAUCCAAAUGGAGGUUAAUAUAGGCCCCGACACUCCUGAAGAUCAGGUGGAGCGGUAUGCACGUGUCUACCUAAUUGGUUUGGUUGGUGGGUUUCUGUUCCCCGACAAGUCAAACCGGUGGAUACAAGGCAUGUGGUUAAAUAUGCUCCUCGGUGACUGGGACGAGAUCGGGAAAAAAAGUUGGGGGUCGGCCGUCUUGGCUGGGAUCUACCGAGAGUUGUGUACUUGCUCGAGGUUGGGAGCGAAACAAGCUUGUGGUGCGAUGUUCAUACUCCAACUCUGGGCAUGGGAGCAUCUUCCGUUUUUAGCACCUCGAGACCCUCGGGAAUUCUGGUUGCCAGAUGAUGAGCUACGAUUUGUAGCAAAUCCCCCAUAUGGUUUCAAGUAAGUUUAAUUUAAGUUUAAUUUAUUUUAGAUAUGCAAUGGUAGUAUUUUAGUGAAUUUAGAUCUAUUCCAAGUAAGCGAAUUUAGUGAAUUUUAGUGAAUUUAGAUCUAUUCCAAGUAAGCGAAUUUAGUGAAUUUUAGUGAACUUAGAUAUCUUUCAAGUAAGCAAAUUAAGUGACAUUUUAGGUCUGCAAUUAUAGUAUUUUAGUGAAUUUAGAUAUCUUCCAAGUUAGCAAAUUUAGAAUUUUUCUAACCAAAUCGUAUUCAGCUAAUUUAGAUUAUUGCCAAGUAAGGAAUUUUAGUUCAAUUUAGAUGAUUCCAUACAAUCAUACUUAACAAGUAAACAUCUAUGCCAUAA